AUGGUGGAAAAUCUCGUGACCUGUUAUGAGGAAUCACUAAGGCUGGAAGAAGCAUCAGUGCUGUUCCAGGUAAGUUUGCUUUCUCUUGGGCAUACUGUUAAUGGUAUGAGCUGCAUGCCUGCUAUAUUUGGAUGUGAUUCUGAGAGUAAUGGGCAACUGAGAUUUUCAGAGUUUAUUUGGUUUAAGAGCAGCAGUUUAGUGAGGCAACACAUGGUAGAGAGAAAGCUAAUGCAUUAUUCUAGCUUACAAACCAUUCUGUUAGUUGGAGAAGGCAAUUUCUCAUUUUCUUCAGCUUUGGCUACUGCAUUUAAAUCUGCAAAAAACAUCGUAGCCUCCUCAUUUGAUAGCAAAGCAGACAAAGUCUUGAGGGUUUAUGAUACAGCUCGUAGUUCAAUUGAGAACUUGGAAAGUCGUAAAGCAUUGGUACUGUAUGAGGUGGAUGCAACCAGAUUGCAUGAAAUUGAAGAUCUAAGCGCCAGGAAGUUUGACAGAAUUGUAUUCAAUCUCCCUCAUGCAGGCUAUUUUCCCGGUGGGGAACGCAGUAAAAAAGCUAUCAAAAAGAACAAAGAGUUGGUGAGUAUGUUUUUGGAAAGUGCUGCCAAGCUGCUGAGCUUGUGUGGAGAAAUUCAUGUUACUAACAAGGUUGGGCCACGCUACAAAAAAUGGAAUUUAGAAGAAGAAGCAGAAAAGUAUGGGCUGUAUUUGAAGGAGUCUGUUAGUUUUCAAAAAACAGAUUAUCCUGGUUAUAUGAACAAAAGGGGAGGUGGACCAAAGAUCAACAGAACCUUCCGUCUGGGAGAGUGUAGAACUUAUAUGUUCUCGGCUCCCUGA